AAAGACUUUAAUCAAAAUUUAAUGACAUUUAGGACUUGAUAUUACAAGGGUAUAAUUUACAAUUAUUAAAUCGUAUUAAACUUAUGUGCUAUAAGCCCAUUAUCCUAAAAAGCCAAUCCAUUUCGUCCAGUGCUGUUGAUAUAUAUGGUCAUUCCUUGUCUGAUUUUUGUUUUGAUUUCUUGUAAACGGGCAUUUGUUUCACUUUGCAUUUGGUUUUUGCAGUUUGCGGAUGACUCAGUGACCGCCACUUUCAGGGCUCAGUAUAUCUUAUCAGUGAUUAAAUAUAGAACAAAUUGACAAUCCGGAAGAGGGUAAAGAGAGAGAAUCAUCUCUCCUCUAUUCGAUUGUAAAGUGCGCACUCGAUCGUGCAGCUGUUUGUUUGUUUAGUUUAAUUCGCCCCGAACCGCCGCAGCUGUUUGAAUAUGUGAGUGGUCAAAGAGAAACUCGGACCUGGCCCUGGUCGAGGCGACCUACAAAAGAAUGCCAUGCAAAAAACCCAGCGCAAGACCGUGAAUCACUUGUGUGGGGCGGGAAAAAGCACCAAAAAGAUUGCCACUGAGAUCAGAGAUAUCAUGGAAACUGAGCAAUGAACAAGGUGGGCAAGCAUAUUCAAAGCGGCAUCUCUGGCCUGGGCAACGGCGGUGUUCCAUUGUCCACGACGACUCUACUGGGAUCUCCGCUGGAGGCAGCCAAUGGAACCAAUGGGUCGGCCAGUACCACAAAUGUGUUCAAUUCGAUCAUGAGCUUUCUGCCAGACAAUCGGCCCAUCACCUCGCUGCACAUCGUCGAGGAUUUCGAGCGGUGCCCGAAGAACUUUAGUGCCAUAAACCGCACCUACGAUCAGGAUUCGGAUGCGGAUCUGUGGCGCGACUACAGCCUGUUUGGGCGCCAGAAUACACGUUAUCUUUGCCUGUCCAAGUCCGAGGGCCUACCGGAAUACGUGGUGGAGACACUGCAAGUCAUUGCGGAUAAGACGGCGCCGCCCAAGGAAUUCUCGCAGGUCUCCCGCACCGCCGACAGUGACCAGAAGGCCUGGCGCAAGCGGCAGAUCAUAUACAAGCUGUCCAAGCGCGGCACAGUCACCCAGGCGGUCACCGACAUCAUACUCUGCUCCAAGCUAAAGGCGGCACCCGAUGGCUUCAAGCUGGCCGGCGACAUCAACGGAGUGCUCGUCUGCUACAAGACGAGCGCGAUUCCGGUGCGCCUGUCGCCACCAGUGCCGGGAGGAGGAGGUGGAGUAGUUGGAGGCCUUCCAGUGGCCUCCACCUGCGAGGUGGAGCAGGCCUUGAACCGCCUCAACCUUCAGGGUCAGCGCAACUCACGUGGACCACUGCCACAGCCACCGACUGAACACCAUGACUACGAGGAGAUCCAAGCCAACUAUCAAGUAAACUCGCCACAGCGACCGGCGCCACCUCGACCGGCGGGAGUGGGUGCUAGCGGAGGAGGACGUGGUGGUACUUACGGCGGCACCGGCACCCUCGGUACCUACACCGAGCUGGAGGGCGUGCCAUUCGUCAUGGACAUUAGGCUGCAGCGCAACCAAGCUGUAACUGAUGUGCCCACAUUGCCGGAGAUCUCCACACUGCUUAAGUCUUUGGACUAUGACUUUCAAUUGGAACGUCAGAUCUUGUGCACCAUGAAGUCAUCGGCGUCGAAGAACCCGUUCUUCAAGUAGGAAGAUUGCAAACACUCAUCUAGGAAACACUCGUCACAAAUUGAGCGUUUAGCAAUAUACCAUUUAUACAACAAUACAACAAAGCAACAGAACCGGAAAUGAGUGGAUUUAAUACUUAGAUUAGCGUAAGCUUGGACAGAUCUGAUGCGCAUGUGGCAGCUGCCAUGAAAGACCGUAAACCCAGUAGUUAUUCAGUUGAAUUAAGUUCUGAGGCCCCUGUUCCCUUAGAGUAAAAUGUGUGUAAUAUUCCUGUGCCUUCGAUAUGUAUCUAAUUUUCAUUGAUUGCCCAAGCAAGCAGUCGUAGACCUCAGUUUUUUAAAGUCCCUCAUUGGAAACCAACCCAAGCAGAAGCAGAAGCAGAAGCAGAAUCAGAAUCCUACCUAUUUACAUCAUAGAAAUCAUUCAUAUACAUGCAUCGAUUAACCCCGAAUUGUGAUCAGAAAAGCAGAUUUGUCAUUACUUUAGAAGCGCUAAAUCGGAUGGCUUUACGUGUGCACAACACAUACAAUUAUGUAAUUUGAAAGGCCCACGCAUUAGAUAUACACCUACCACAUAUGUUUAAACAAAAAUGUAAUGUUAAUGUUGAUAGGAGUCUAGGAAGCGGAUUGCUAAUAACGAACCUAAUAUAAACCUAGUACAUACAUGCAUAUAUCUGAUAUAUAUAUAUAUAUAUUAUAUACAUACGUUUAUAGGCCACUUAGCACUUAAAACCAGUUGGUUUUUAAAAAUAUAUAUCUAUUACACAUUAGCUCUAGUGACGAUUAGACUGUAUUGCGAAAUCAUAGAUUCUUCCCAACUGCCUCCGUCCCCGUUCGCCCCACAUUCCCUGCUCCCAAUCUAAUCGCCUCCUCAAAAAACUUACACCCCACCAUGUUAUAGAGCAGUUCAAAUACAAAAUACAAACAAAA